GGAAGGUGUUUGACGAAAUGCGUGAGCGGACGUGGUUGUUUGGGGCGCGAUGAUCUCGGGUCGCGCAUAAGGGAUGAGGCGGGAGGCGCUGAUUGUUUGGCGGCGGAUGGUGAGCGAGGGGAUCGAGAUGAACUCUGUGAUUGUUACGUCCGUUCUGCCCGUGAUCGGGGAGGUGUUGGACAGGAAGCUGGGGCGGGAGAUUCACGGGUAUAUGGUUAGACGGUAUCCGGAAUUCAAGAAGAUGAUGUUUGUGCUGUCGGGGUUGAUUGAUAUGUAUUGCAAGUGUGGAGAUAUGGUUUCGGCACGGCACGUGUUUUACGGGAGUACCGGAAGGAAUGUAGUUUCCUGGACUGCUCUUAUAUCCGGGUAUGCAUCUAACGGUAGGCUAGAGCAGGCUUUAAGAUCGAUUGUGUGGAUGCAACACGAACGCAUCCAGCCUGAUGUAGUUACGGUUGCAACUGUUUUGCCGAUAUGCACACAACUUAAAGCUUUGAAACAAGGGAAGGAGAUCCAUGCAUACGCAUUGAAGAACUGGUUUAUUCCCAAUUCUUCAGUAGAAACAUCGUUGGUGAACAUGUAUGCAGAAUGUGGAAAAUUGGAUUGUUCUUGCAGAGUGUUUGAUGGUAUGAGGAACAAGAACGUCAUCGCUUGGACGGCUCUCAUUGAUUCAUACAUCAAGAAUGAUCAUCUGAUUGAUGCCUUGGAUGUGUUUAGAUCUAUGAGGCUUGUUCAUCACAAUCCAGACGCAGUCGCAUUAGGUAGGGUUUUGAGCAUAAGCGGUAAUUUGAAAGCGUUGAGGACAGGAAAGGAGAUACACGCACAAGUAUAUAAGAUGAAACUCGAAUCAACUCCUUUUCUAGUAGGCGAGAUUGUGAAAAUGUACGGGAAAAAUGGGGAUACUGAGAAUGCAAGGAAAGUAUUCGAUGGAGUUCAUUCGAAGGGAUCAUUAACUUGUACAGCGAUAAUAGAAGCUUAUGGAUACAACGGUCGUUACAGAGAAGCUAUUGAUCUUUUCGAUUGGAUGCAAUCACAGGGUUAUGUGCCAAAUCAUUUUACGUUUGAUGCUAUCUUGGGCAUUUGUGAGAGAGCAGGUUUUGCGAAGGAGGCUGUUGAGGUGUUUGAUUCUAUGGUGAAAAAGUAUAAGUUGAAGGCUACUGAAGGGCAUUGUGAUUCUAUCAUUGGACUUCUCACUAGAACUGGUAGAGUAAUGGAAGCACAGAGGUUUAUCUAUUUGAAAUCUACCUUGGGUCAGAUAUGAUCAGGAAUUUGAUAUUUUUCAUUUGCGGCGUUGUUAUUUAUGUUUUCUAUGAUUUUGAUGUAAAGGCGACACUUUUUUUGGCUGCGGUUAUAAAUUUUACAUAAAUGGAAAAGUUUCA